UUCAGGGACAGAGCAGAAUGGGCUGAUAUAGAUCCAGUGCCGCAGAAUGAUGGCCCGAAUCCAGUGGUCCAGAUCAUUUACAGUGAAAAGUUUAGAGAUGUUUAUGAUUAUUUCCGGGCGGUCCUGCAGCUCGAUGAGAGGAGCGAACGGGCUUUUAAACUCACCAGAGACGCUAUUGAGUUAAACGCUGCCAAUUACACAGUGUGGCAUUUCCGGAGAGUCCUCUUAAAGUCACUUCAAAAGGAUCUGCAUGAGGAAAUGAACUAUAUCACUGCAAUCAUUGAGGAGCAGCCCAAAAACUAUCAAGUUUGGCAUCAUAGGCGAGUGUUGGUGGAGUGGCUGAGAGAUCCCUCUCAAGAGCUUGAGUUCAUUGCUGAUAUCCUUAAUCAGGAUGCAAAGAAUUACCACGCCUGGCAGCACCGACAAUGGGUCAUCCAGGAAUUUAAACUUUGGGAUAAUGAGCUACAGUAUGUAGACCAACUUCUCAAAGAGGAUGUGAGAAAUAACUCUGUCUGGAACCAAAGAUACUUUGUAAUUUCUAACACCACUGGCUACAACGAUCCUGCUGUAUUGGAGAGAGAAGUCCAAUACACCCUGGAAAUGAUAAAACUAGUACCCCAUAACGAAAGUGCAUGGAACUAUUUGAAAGGGAUUUUGCAGGAUCGUGGUCUUUCCAAAUAUCCCAAUCUGUUAAGUCAGUUACUUGAUUUACAACCGAGUCACAGUUCCCCCUACCUAAUUGCCUUUCUCGUGGAUAUCUAUGAAGACAUGCUAGAAAACCAAUGUGACAAUAAGGAGGACAUUCUCAGUAAAGCACUAGAGUUAUGUGAGAUCCUAGCUAAAGAAAAGGACACUAUAAGAAAGGAAUAUUGGAGAUAUAUUGGAAGAUCCCUUCAAAGCAAGCACAGCACAGAAAGAGACCCACCUCCAAAUGCACAGCAAUAACACCGUCCAGAAGAGCUGGAGGGGAUGCGUUUAUUUUUUUAAGAGACUUUAACGCAGGAGUUAGAAAACUAGAGAGAUCAUCCCUGUGGCCUGUGGUGUAAAACGGACACCGCACAGGUACUGCUUUUUAACACGAACUAAGCGUGAUGCUCCUUGGGUGCUGCUGCUAGUCAGACUAGCUCUAGGUCAUUUGAUUCUUUUUAAAAGCAAAGUAACUCGGGGCUUGGAGGGAGAGGAAACGGAGUCCCACGAACGAACUUUUGUCGUCUUAUCAACAUUUGCUCUAGUCCCUUAGCAUCGACUCCUCCCUAGAUGGUAUGCGUGUCAGGAUUUGCAGCAUUAUUGAUCGCAGGUAACUCGUAUUAAAGGACGUGAGGUGACUUAAAUUUCGGUUCAGAAAGUGGGGAAUGCAGUUGUUACGUUCGAGCUGCUUUUGCCACACUCCAGUAUCUUGCUAUCACUGUAACCAACUAACGCCAAAAGGAUGAUUUUGUAAUAAAAUUAUAGAUGAAUCCUAAA